AUGCCACGUAUAAGAACAUCACGGACGAAACGUCCUCCAGAAGGAUUUGAAGAAAUCGAACCAACGCUUUUAGAAUUCCAAGAGAGGAUGAGACAAGUUGAAAAUACAACCGGAAAAGGCUCAAAAUCUGAGUCUCUGGCUCCUAUUUUUCAACUUCAUCAUCAGCGCAGCCGUUAUGUCUACGAUCUUUAUUACAAACGAGAGGCCAUUUCUUCGGAGCUUUACAACUGGUUACUAAAACAGAAUUAUGCUGACGCAAAUUUAAUUGCCAAAUGGAAAAAGCCUGGCUAUGAAAAGCUUUGUUGUCUUCGUUGCAUUCAAACUGCAGAAUCGAAAUUUGGCGCUACUUGUAUAUGUCGAGUUCCCAAAGCGAAACUCGGUAAAGAUGCUCCUAGUACUUGCGUACAUUGUGGUUGUCGAGGUUGUGCUAGUGGGGAUUAA